ACAAGGUCCUGUAGUCCUUUAAAUUUAUCAACACACAAAAUUUAUCAACACACCCAUAACACAAGACCAGUUCCAUACCUUUCAACACUACAAGCAAAUUCAAACAAAUCCAAACAAACAAAUUCAACAGUUCAUCCCAUUAUGAGCCGGAGAGAAACAGAGCCGUCGCACGAAAGGCGCCGGGAAAUAUUGUGAACCACGCCGUCGCUAUUUCUACUUUUCGGCUUCCCUUGGACAUAAAGGAUCCAGCGCCCUCCCUCUCUUAACUCUGCAAUAAUUCUAACUCGCCCCUUCACGAGCUUAACGCAUCCGACAGAACCUUCAACAACUUUUAAGUCGAAAUCAUAAAGCAUCGGAACAACUCGAGCAAAAAAUAAACAACAACAAGCUCUUAAGCCAAAACAUUUACUUCACCGAGGCGUUGGAGUAGGCAACAGAUUAUCCUGGGCGAUCAAAGCGGAUGUCUCCGAGCCUGUAGACAUCUGUGUACGUAUGAGCUUGGACGAAUAUAAUAGACUGACGCAGACUGACGACCCUUGGUGCCCGGCCUGGAACGUAGAUAUGCCUUGGCUCCUGCUAUGGAUCUUUUCGGUAUGGAAGGACACGAAGCUCUGGCGUCUUCCCAUCCGCAGGGCCCCCGACGAUUUCGCCUUCGCCGAGACCAUACGAAGGCUAAGCUUCAUGGGACUCCUAGAGCAUGGCGCCACUGACAAAGAAACCUGUCACACCACAGAGCGCGGCUUGGCGGUGCUCGACUGUAUCAGGUGGUGCAAGCCCAUCCAGGAACUUGAUGUUCACUCGGCCUACCUGCUGGCGGUAGCGUACUCGGGUUCGGUGUCGACCAACGUCAGCCGCGUCCUGACGCGCAUGGCCUUCAUCUCCGCGGUCGGCAUCAAAAAUUUCUGCGAAAUCUGAUGUGGGCCUGGUUUCACAGUGUCGCCUGCUUUGGAAGUUCCCCUCAGAUGGCCUUUGAUGUCUCAUCUUGCCGCGAUGUCAUCCUAUACGAAGAAGAGUUCUUGGACGUGAGCGCUAUCCUUAAGGAAGACGAAGUGGAACGGUGCGGCGGCUUCUUUGCUAUAUACAACGACCUGGAGAUGGAACUCGUUCAAAAUGAAAAGUGGCUAAAGCCUAGCGGCCUGACUUUUAUCCCUCGUCUUCACUACAGAGACGUAGAUAAGGAGACCGGACUGAAGUGGCCCUCGCCCGCCAUCGUCACUUAUCCAUUAAUUGCGUGACGGAGAGAUAUUACGGGGCGAGAUGUUACGAGGCGAAGAUGUUAGUUAUUGCGUAGAUAGGUAGUUGAGAUCAACAAAUUAAUUGCGUU